UGACGCGAGUCACUUCCUGUGAUUGUAGACACUCAUCACAUUACUUAUUUGGACCAGUUAUUUUGGUAAAUAAGCCAGAAAUGGCAAAUCCUGCUGCAGAUCCCCAGCCAGUUGAAGAUGUUCAAGGCGACAAUCGUUGGAUGGACUUGCAUAAUGCAUUUAUAGUGGAGUCUAAAGAGCGGGAACCAGAAGUCCUCUUCCUGGGAGAUUCCUUAUUGGCUGACCUUCAGCAAACAGAGAUAUGGAGUCAGAUGUUCGAACCUCUACACUGCGUGAACUUUAGUAUUGGAGGGGAUCAGACGCAGAAUUUGCUGUGGAGGAUAAAGAAUGGCGAGCUGGACAAUAUGCAGCCUAAGGUAAUUGUGCUUCUAAUAGGCACAAACAAUCAUAAUCACACUGCAGAGCAGGUGGCUGGUGGCAUCAUGGAGAUUGUCCGUACCAUUAACAAUAAACAACCCCAGGCACAACUUAUUGUUGUGGGUCUGCUUCCAAGAGGUGAAAAGCCUAAUUCUCUUCGAGAGAAAUUUGCAGUCAUAAACAAAUCCAUAGAAGAACAGCUAAGUAACAUUCCCAGUACAACAUUCCUCAAUGUGGAUCCAGCUCUCUUCUAUCGCCCUGGCUCUGAGACCAUCAGUCGUCGAGACAUGUGGGACUUUCUGCACCUGACAACACGCGGCUAUCAGAAAUUGUGUGAGGUACUUCUGGAAGAACUACAGUCUCUUCUGCAAAAUUAUAUGAAGGUGGAAAGUACAUCAGUUGAGACAGCCUCAAUGGCAGGAGAGCUUGCCUCUGAUGAACCCUGAACACUAGACAGAGCUUUAUGUGUGAUGCGUUCAACUUCUAGUGCUUGCCUACCAGCUGAAAGAAGUAUUUUGUCUUACAUUGUAAUUCUAAAGCACAGAAAGGGAGCUGCUUUGAAAAACUCAGUAGAUUUAUUUUUAUCUUUAUUACAUGCAUGAUGUAAAAUUCGCACCAGCUCAGCCUUAUUAGAGUAGAUUUUGUUUUCUUUUAAGUCAUUUUUAACUGGUUUAAAAAGCAUUUUAAGGAUGCAAUUUAUCAGAUUGUGACAUUUGGGUAAUCUCACAGUAUGUCCUUUGUCCUGAUUAUAAAAUUGCUUCUAGGUGGUAGGUACCAAGGUCAAAGGUCACUGAAGAAUCAUUACUCAAAAGAUUUUUUUUGGAGGGGUGGGGGGAACUGUUGAUAAAUUGGUAAAGCUUUAUCUCCUCAAUAGAUAUGAAAACCUUAAUAAGAUGAUUGACAGAGCUGAUCAUAGCAUGACAAUUAAGGCAACACUAAGUUUGGUUAGGAUUGUUUCGAACAAACCAUGAUUAUUACAUUUCUUGGGGUGAUGCAGGAUGUGAAAAAAGUUAUUUAGAUAUAGUUGUUUGUCAUCAGAAAUGAUUGUUAUUUUUUGCAGCUGUACAAAAAUAUUUAUAUGUUUACAUGCAACUGUGCAGUCUUGUGCAAGCUGGAAAAGUUACAUAACAGAAGUUGUCACUACUGGGUCUGAAAUAUCUGGGUGAAAAAAUCUCUUAGCUGAUGUUGGAUAUUUGUUUUAUUGUCUUGCAAGUAAAAACUAAAUGAUGGGAACUGCAGAGAGAUGCAACAAAUUUUAUUUUUAAUUCUUAAAAAAUGUACUCAGGGUUUGUUUUUGUUUUUUUGCUCCUUUUUCAACUGUUUCUUUAACUUUAAAGUGAAAGGGUAACCAUGGCAGUUGUGAAAAUUUUUGUGCCCAAUACAAGGGACAGUAUCAUUACUAAUGUGAUUAUAAUCCCAUCUUUAGUAAAUGAUUAUAAGUUGCUAUUUAUUCAAAUUUUUGCUAUUAUUGUUUUUGUAUAUGCAUGGUAGAACAUGUUUCUUUUUGCCAUUAUUACUAUUAUAAUUAUUAUCAUUCUUAGGAUAGGUACAACUAUUAUAGGUACAUUUUAUUUUUGCAUGACAUUAACCCAUUUUCAGGGAUAUAAUCUCAUACAAAAUUCUAAUAUUUUUUUCUUUAUAUAAUUGUAAAUUUGUUCCCCCCACGAUGGAAUUACAUAGUCCAUCUGUAUAAUGAAUAGUUGCGGCAACACCACCAAUGACAAGGCUGAACCAUUGUUGCGUUGUGUAUGGUCAUGUUAAAAAAAGAAUUUAGUAGGCUGUGUUUAGCUACAAUCCGUUUAUCUGAUUCAACAGCUUUGUUUGCUUUCAAUUUAUGGUUUGAUUGUGCCAAAGGCAUUCUUUCCACAUGCAGUUGUUCUGCUGUUGCAUUUGUUCAUUCAGAUUAACUCUAGUGAAUUAAAAAAUAAUUAUUUUCAUAUUUUUUAAAUGGGGCAUAUAGAAACAUUUCAUUAUAGUAGAAAUUUAUUAAAGUUCUAAAUGCCACUUCUCUCAUAUGAACAUUAUGUCAAUCGUUAUUUUAUAGCUGUUUGAAAGUGCUAGCUAUUCUUCCUAAAAGAAUUUUGGAAAAACUGAAAAUUACCUCCCCUUCCACUUUCAGCGAACAAAAAUAUAUUUUAAGCAAAUACAUUCCAAAUUCUGCUGUCAUUUGAAAACAAGCCCUUUCAAACCAAAAGAUGUGGCUCAAGGAACUCUGCAUGUUGUGCUAAAAUUAAGUUCAUUUAGGUUCAGAAUAAUUCAUUUUCUUUUCAGCUUUCUGGGUUAGGGUUAUGAUGGUAAUAAUAGUAAGAUCGAAUGAGUACCAAUUUGGUUAGGACUUUCACAUACUCUGUCUUCAAGAAUAAAGGUGGCUUGAGCUGUGACACUGAUGUGAUGCAUGUAGUAUUUAUUUGCAAAUAUUCAUGGUGAUAAUAUAGUGAAUAUAAUUCACUCCACUGUGAUUUGCCACGAAUAGUGGUGUUUUCAAAAAAAAAAAAAAGACAAAGAAAAUAUAAUCAGCACUAAGCACUGAACCAUUGCAUGUUGUUAAUAGCUUGUCCUGUAAAGGAGGAGUUUACAGCUACUAGUAAAUUACAAUUUCUGAGAAUAUCAUUUACAAUUUGACAAAUAACUAUGUUGGUUUAAAAACUGAGAAGAUGGAUUAUUUGACCAAGCUGAUAUAUCUGUCCAGAAAGUUUUUCCUUAAAAAAUCUGCCAAUAAUGCUCACAUCUUGAUUCCCAAAAUGCAUCAUUUAUUAUUUACUUCAAGUUAAAUGGCUGAGUUGAGAGUUCCUUUUACCUCUGAAAAUCAUUGUAUUUUUAUAUAUACAUAUAUAUGCACACACCCAUAUAUGUAUGUAUCUCUUGAUUGUGCAUCUGAAUAUUAGUAAAACUAUACAUUAAAACAGCACUUAAUGUAGGAUUUUCCAAGAUGAACCCUAUUGAAUGCCGUGAUGUGCUUGCAUAGCUCAGCGUACAUUAUUCUGAGAUGUUAAACAAAGGACUUACUGAGCCAUCUAACUUUGGUAAAAGAUGCCUAACAAAAUACUGUUUUUGUUCCUCUUCCUUCAGCUUGGCUUUCUGGAUCAAAUAUCUUUAGAAAAAUAAAAUUGAUUCUACACAAAGAAAUCAGAGCAUUAUGACUUUGGCAAAAAAAAAAGUUACAAUUGUAGCUAUUACAUUCAUUUAAAUUUUCACUGUGUAUCUUGUUGACCUGAAAAUCGUUAAAAUAUAAUAAAAUCUACUUUUAAGCAUUUUAGACUCAACAUAAGUCAGUAUUUCUGUUCAGUUCAGUAUUGCUUUACCUUUGAAGAGGUUUGGUAAUCUAUAUGAAGUGCAGAGGCUGCAUUUUCCUUUUAUAAAUUAGUCCGUUUUUUUUCUCCCCUGUUUUGUGUUUUUGCUAAUCAAAGAAACAUUAUUGUGUACUACCAUCAGCUCAGAUUUCUUUCUGCUGCUUCUGAUGAUGAUAACUUUAUGUAGACAUAAAUGUUACAAUUGCUUUUAUGGCAAAACUAUAAAACAUCAGAAUUGUUGGCACGUUAUAAAUUUACAUCUACAUGUCACUUUUUAUUUUACUCAGACAUUAAAAAUAUGCUCAUUAGUUCUGGUUUUGACUAAAAAUAUUUUGUAUGCAAACAGGUACAGUAUUCCAGCCAUGUCUGGCUAGUUUUAUUUCAUCACAUCAUCCUUUAUAGUUUUUUUCUCUGAACAAUUUUCAGUGACCUAUUUUGGGUCAUCUCACAAUGCUGUUCCAUUACUGUUUCAAUUUGUUUUGUUUUAUAAAAGUAGUGUAUGCUGUUUUGGUCAAAUGUGAUGGGUUUUCUCACUUCUUAAAAGCUUUGAUUAUAUGGUUUUUGAUUUAUUUCUGUAUGCCUUAUUUGAAAAGUUUUAGCAACCAAGGGAACAGGCCGUGGUUAAACAACAAUAUAAAUUUGUAUACCAAGAUACAAAGUGAUUUUAUAAAGACUCCAGGAUUCUCUGAGUCAUUCAUUAGUCAUGUUCAUUUUUACCACUAAAACAAGCAUCAUGGUAGUCAUUGAUGUAACAUUGUGGACAUGUAGUGUUUGCUAGGAAAUUUCUUUAAGAAAUAUGUUGGUGCAGUUAGAUUUAGACUGGGUACAUGUGAAAUUAUUUUCAAGAUCAGAAAAAUUUUGUUAAAAGAUAAAACAUAAUACUUUUUCAGUGGUAUCUGUAUGUUCAGUGCUAUUCAUUGUUUUGCAGAAGUAUUACCAUUACUGAUUUUUUUAGCAGUAUCCCUCUACAUGGGUUGGGGAGAUUGAAGUAUUGAUUGCCUAGUCAUAAGAUACCAGUCUCUGAACAGAUAUACAUGGGUUCUAUAAAGGGAAACAGUUGUAACAAUUUGUAGUUCAUAGCAUCCUGUCUUCUCAACCACAACUCUUAUGUAUUUCUAAAUUGUAUGGGCUAUUUUUCUUUCCUUUUACAUGCUUGUGUUCUGGUUUUUCACCCAAGUUUAUUGGCUUCUAAAGAGAGACAAAAAUGGCGGUCUCAUGUCAGUGAUUUCUGUAUAUGAAUAGUGGAAUGUGUGAAAUGUGUAUAGAUAUUUAUUAACAUUAUUAUAAAAGUUUUGAACAUGUGAGACAUUGAAAAUCUGUUUGUCACAACAAGGACUUGAGAAGUGAUAGACUUUAAAGAUUUACUUUCAGUCUUUCAACCAUUCUUGUUAGAUAAAUAAUGCUGAUGUUUGGCUCCUUUUGUAAGGCAGAAGACUUUGGUUCUGGCUCAUCAAAAAGUGCUGAUGAAGGAAAGCUUGCUGAGGGCUUUAAUUAAGGACUGAAAGAAGUAGAGAUCAGUUCUUUUAGUCACUUUGAUUAGUGAUGGCAGAUUAAUAUAUGCUGUACCACAGAGCUACAAAAAUAUAUCCUUUAGAUGAUACAUAGUUGAAACAUACACUGUAUUAGGAACAGGAGCAUGCUUGUGAGCGAAAGUCACUUUGUACAUAAAACUUAAAAGUUUUAGUAUAUUGCAUUUAUUAGUUGUUGUAUGAAGAGAUUUAGCUCUCAUUCAUUCUCUUUAUCUAAAUGGUACUUUGUGCAUAUGUUUGGAUAUUUCAUUUUUCUGAAAAGAUGUGAUUGUUUGGUGGAGUUAACACUACACUUCUUGCACAACCUAUGAAGCAAAUUCUUUUCCAUGCAUGUUUAUACCCUUCUGUUAAUAACUACCCAUCAAAUUAUGUUAUCAAGGAAUAUUUUGCGCUAAAUUUAUUCUCAACUGCGUAGUGUGUGCGUGCCUCGGUAUUAUGAUUAUGUUGCGACACACUGUUGCAUGUACAGUGCAAUAUCAUUUUGUUGAAUUAAAUGCAUAUUUCACCCUUAAA